UAAAUGGAAACAACUAAGUUUCGACAAAUGCUUCAUUCUCUUGGGCUACUCACAAUAAUUGUAUAUUUUCAAUUUAACUUGUCAUCUUCACAAGGAAAUGAACUCCCCUAUAUGACUUCAGAUGUCAAAGAAGUCUCAGGUAAGUUGUUUGAUUACAUUAUUGUUGGGGGAGGCACCACCGGCUGCCCAUUAGCUGCAACUCUAUCUCAGGAUUUUUCUGUGCUAUUGGUGGAAAGAGGUGGCUCACCUUAUGGAAAUCCAUUGGUCAUUGAUAAAAGGUACUACGGCUUCUCAUUGCUUCAAACUGAUGAAUUCUCAUCAGUUGCGCAAAGCUUCAUCUCUAAGGACGGUGUUAAGAAUCAUAGAGGACGAGUACUUGGAGGAUCAUCAGCUAUAAAUGGCGGGUUUUAUAGUCGAGCUAGUGAUGCUUUCGUUGAAAGAGCUGGGUGGGAUGAGGAGCUUGUAAAGGAGAGUUACGAAUGGGUGGAAUCUAGAGUAGUUUUUACCCCGGAGUUGACCCCAUGGCAGAUUGUUUUUGAAUUUGGACUUCUUGAAGCAGGAAUUUUACCUUACAACGGGUAUAGUUUGGAACAUAUUGAAGGAACAAAAGUGGGUGGAAGUGUGUUUGAUAAUUGGGGAAAGAGACACACCUCAGCUGAUCUCCUUGAGGCAGGAAAUCCCAAAAAUAUCACUGUUCUUCUCAAUGCAACUGUUAAGAAUAUCAUCUUUCAUACUAAUGAUGAUGCAGGCAAGGAACCUGAAACCAGAGCUUGGGGCAUCAGGUUCAUUAAGAGCGACGGUAGCUCAAAUAAAAUACACGAGGCAUACCUCCAUCGGCCUAAGAAUUCAAGUCCAUGGGGUGAUGUUAUUUUGUCAUCAGGAGCAUUAGGCAGUCCCCAAAUCCUGUUGUUAAGCGGCAUUGGACCUCAGGAACACCUGAAGGACUUCGAUAUUCCACUCAUUCAACACUUAAAAGGGGUUGGACAAGGGAUGCAAGACAAUCCCUGCAUUGCCCUCUUGGUAGAUAAAAUGCCAAUGAAUCGGCUACCAGAGCCACCUCAAGUUGUGGGCAUAGCAGAUGGCCUCAGGUUCAUAAUUGAGGCCGGAGUUGCACCCAUUAGCUUCAAUGCAUCGAGGAUGCCAAUUGCUGCCAAGAUUGCAUUUCCAGCAUCGAAAGGAAAGCUUGAAUUGCAAAGUACAGACCCCAAGCAAAACCCUUCAGUAGAAUUCAAUUAUCUAGAGAAGGACAAGGACAUGAACCAAUGUGUAAAGAUGGCUGAACUGCUUGAAAGGGUGGCAAAGUCUGAAUCAAUUGCUCUGUUCCUUGGACUUAAACCUCAAGAAAAAUUGAUGUCAAGUACUGAUGAGUUGAGAAAAUUAUGCAAAAACAACGUGAGGACUUAUUACCAUUAUCAUGGGGGUUGUGCAAUUGGAUCAGUUGUUGACGAUGAUUACAAAGUGUACAGUGUUAAUGGAUUGAGAGUAAUUGAUGGAUCAACUUUUCAAGAAUCACCGGGCACAAAUCCAAUGGCCACUCUCAUGAUGCUAGGACGAUAUCAAGGGAUCAAAUUACUCCGACAAAGGAGAGAUGCUUCUUCAAAUUUGUAACCAACAAAAUCCUUUCUUGUAACUUUUAUAUGUUUAUCAGUUUGAAUAGAUGAAUAGAUUUUUGUGAAUUUUGCAACAUAAUUACUCAUCAAUUCAUCAUGUC